AUGCACAACCUGUAUUUUGCCGCUACUAUUCUUCUACCGAAACAUAAACAAAAAGUAAGCUAUGAGGAUAUCAUUGAACUAAAGAUGUCCAUAGGACCUGAGAUAAGCUCGAGCCACAGAGAUAUGGUGUGUAGAUGGAAGGGUGAACAGGGUCCUGUGGCUACGUCAGGUACCCAGACAGGGAUUGGUUAUGGUCCUCUCCUACUUGGCUUUCCAACCAAAGUAGACUACAUUAUUAGCAUCAAGUAUAUCAACCUAACAAAACUAGAACUAGAACUAGAACUAGAACUAGAACUAGAAUUAGAUUAA